AUGACUCCAGAGACAUGCUACCCCGUUCAGGAGGAUGCAAAAACAGAGUUAGCUGAGGAACUAUCCAAAAUAAAGGUGGCAGAAUCAGAAGAUUUCACUAAGCCAGUAAAGUUAGAGAAAGAUGAGCAAGUACCGAACUUCGGACAAUACGGUGUUCAAAAUAAGACGUUUCCCAUGCAAGCUCUCACAAAAUGUGAUGAAGAAGAUGAGGGUUUGGAGAAAACAACUGCUUCAAAAGAACCAGGCAUUGUUGACAUAGACUCAGACGUAAAGGAUCCUCAAACUUGUAGCUUGUGGGGCUUUGAUCUCAUCUCGGGUCAUCAUCAAAACUCCGGUGAUAUGGCCUCAUGCUGCCCCAGAGGCCGACCACCUAGCUCGAUGAACAAGCCAAAGUCAUCGAUGAUCAUCACACGAGAGAGCGCAAACACUCUCCGGGCCCACAUCUUGGAGGUCGGAAGCUGCUGCAACGUCUUUGACUUUGUCGCCACUUAUGCCCGGAAGCGGCAGCGUGGGAUUUGUGUCCUCAGCGGAAGCGGCACCAUCACCAACAUCACGUUUCGGCAGCUCGCCGCAGCCGGAGUCGUGGUGACCCUCCACGGAAGGUUCGAGAUAAUUUCCCUUUCAGGAUCGUUCUUGCCCUCGCCUGCGCCACCGGGCGCCACCAGCCUCACUGUAUUUUUGGCCGGUGGACAAGGUCAGGUGGUUGGUGGGAAUGUUGUUGGAGCCCUAAUUUCAGCCGGUCCGGCCAUUGUGAUAGCUUCCUCUUUCACGAACGUGGCAUAUGACUCAUUUUUUGUUACAUUUUACUCAUUUCAUGUUAUGUAA